AUGUUAAACCAAGACAUUAUGAUUGCAGUGACUUGCUCAGGAAAGUCUCUGAAAAGGACGAUCGGGACACAUCUGACGGCAGUCUCCCUGCUUCUAGCAAGCCAACCUUCGCGCGAUCCCCUCCGCGGCACGGGCGUGGAUACCCUCGCCGUCGAUCCUCCCGGGUCCACAGACAUCAAGCCCACCGGCAAGUUUCUCGCCGCCGAUCUCGAGCUGCAGUGGGAAUCCUACUUCGAGACCGCCGCCUUGUGGUGCGAGCGGGGCUGGUUGCUUGAUUCCUUCUUCCGCGCCCAUUUCUCCCAGGUCAUGGAGGGCAUCCUGGAGCGGACGGAGUAUCAGCAUAUGCACUUCGUCGAGCCGGAGGACUUCGGGCUCGUGGUGGGGCUGGCGGAGCAGGUGGUGCAGCGGUGGUUCACCCGCGCAUCGUCGACGGGGUGCAUAUAG